AUGAGUAAUAUACCCUCAAAGACCGAUCUUUCACGAUGGCGCCUUUCGAGUGGUGGUGGCAAUCACCGGUGGAAUUACAUUGACUCCAACGGCGCCUGCACCAGGGACCAACGUGACUAUGAGAGAUACUGUCUAGGUGUUCCUCUAUUGGACGUUGACGUUGACCAUGGUGAGAAUGAGCCUCAGCCAAAUCAACGCUCAUUCCAAGACAGCGCUCGAACUGGUUUACGAUUCUUUACCAGAUUACAGCUACCCGAGGGACAUUGGGCUUGUGACUAUGGCGGUCCCAGUUUCCUACUACCCGGCCUCAUCUUUGCAAUGUACAUUGCCGACCAGCCAGUUCCAGACGGAUGGAAGACUGAAAUGGUGCGCUACCUUGCAAACCAUGUAAACGAAGAUGGUGGCUGGGGCUUGCAUUUGGAAGGCAAAUCUACUGUUUUUGCAACCGGUCUUUACUAUGUCAUGCUUCGACUCCUUGGUAUACCCAGGAAUGACCUCCUCGCCCGGAGAGCCAGGGACUGUCUGCUCUCUCUUGGCGGCGCAACGGGAGUGCCUCAAUGGGGGAAGAUAUGGCUCGCGUGUCUAAAUCUGUAUAGUUGGGAUGGCGUAAACUGCAUCCCAGCCGAUCUAUGGCUGCUCCCAACCUGGGUACCGUUUCAUCCCUCUCGGUGGUGGGUUCAGUGUCGCGUAGUCUAUCUUCCAACGUCGUACUUGUGGUCAAACCGAUGUACCAAGCCACUCACGCCGUUGCUUGCGGAGAUUCGUAACGAAAUCUACACGAAACCGUUUGACAAGAUCAAGUUCGCUGAUCAUCGGAACGACACUGCCCCAACAGAUAGCAUUCGCUCAGUAUCGCCACUGCUCUUAUUUCUCUUUUUCAUAGUGGGUAUAUGGUGCCGGUACCUGCAACCGCGCUGGUAUCAUACACUGUCCAACCGCCGUGUAUCCGAGCUGAUGCGCAUGGAAGAACACAACACCGAAUACGAGUGUUUGGCCCCGGUAAACAAAGCAUUCCACAUGGCAGUAGCAUGGUUCGAAGACGGCCCUGACUCCAACCGCCUGCGUCGGCAUAUCGAAAAAGUAUCCUUGUACUUGUGGAUGGGUCCGCAAGGAAUGACGAGCAACGGAACCGACGGCGUCCAAGUGUGGGAUACUGCUUUUGCCAUACAAGCUGCUUUGCCAGUGGCAGAAUUUGCAGAGUCCUCAAAGUUUGUUGAAGCUUUACACAAAGCUCAUUGCUUUCUUGAUAAUUCUCAACUCCGCGAGGACCUAGAUGAUCCAUUUCGUCAACCUGGGAAAGGGGGUUGGCCUUUCAGCACCAAGUCCAACGGGUUCAUUGUCUCGGACUGCUCAGCAGAGAGCCUGAAAGCUGUUUUGAUGCUUCAAAACGAACACUCUUACCCGUCGCGCAUCGAGGACCAACGCCUGAAGGAUUGUGUUGACACUCUGCUGAAAAUGGGAAACAAUGACGGAGGUUUUGCCAGCUACGAAAAGAUAAGAGGUAGCAAAUACCUUGAACUACUGAAUCCAGCAGAGGUGUUCGACAACAUCAUGGUGGAAUACUCAUACACCGAGUGCACAAGCGCUGUUGUGACUGCCCUUCACUUGUUCCAUCGACACUUCCCCGACUACAGGGCCAAAGAAAUCCAUCAAAUAUCACGGCGGGCGUAUAAAUUCAUCCGCAGACAGCAGAGACCGGACGGCAGCUGGUACGGCUCCUGGGCUAUUUGCUUCAAUUACGGUACUCUGUUUGCUUUGCAGGCCCUCGAGACGGCGGGAGAACAAUGGGAUGCUAGUCCUCGGGUCAAAAAAGCUUGUGGAUUUAUUCUGAGCCAGCAAAUGGACGAUGGUGGGUGGGGAGAAGAUAGCUCAUCGUGUACCGAGAGGCAAUACGUUCAGAACGAGACGAGUCAAGUCGUCAGCACAUCGUGGGCAGUCCUGGCUCUGAUGCAUGCAGGAUAUCCCGAUCCGACGCCGAUCCAACGAGGACUGCAGUUGAUUCAGAGUCGUCAGCAAGCAAAUGGCGAGUGGCUUCAGGAGGCAAUCGAAGGAGUUUUUAAUCGGACAUGUAUGAUUGGGUACCCUAACUAUAAGUUUUAUUUUCCUAUUAUGGCUCUGGGAGCAUACGAUAGUAUGUAUCUGCCCAAGAUGAAGGCCGGACUGCCAAAGCCGAAUGCUCUGUGA